AGCUUUCGCGCGACGGUCACACCGCCAGUGGGCGAAAAAAAACAUUCGUUAAUUCACCGUCGUCGAACGAACGCUGUAUUUUUUUCCAGUGCAAUAUUCGGUCGAUGUAUAAAGUGUGAUUGAAUUAAAGUACUCCCCUUACUAAAAAGUACUAAUAAAUAAAUAAAGUCAUAAAGAACAGCAUAGGGUGAAAAAGUGAGAGGGCGAGAGAAAAAAAUUGCUGCUGCUGAGGUGUGUGCAAUUGCAUGUGCGUGUGUGUGUGUGUUUGUGUGACGUUUACAGCAGCAAAAAGUUCGGUGGUGUCGUCAAAAUUGUCAAGUAUUUUAGAGUUAAUGCAAACGAUUCUCGAUCGGAAAUGAGUUGAUCGCGACUCAUUGAUUUGGUCGGAUGUGGAAAAGUCUAGCUAAUUCAAAACAAAUCGCGUAUAAAAAACCAUAAACAACGGCAAUUUGUUGCUGCCGCAACAGCAACAACAACAGCAACAGCAGCGCACUAACACAACCACCACCCCCUGUUCCAGCCUAACGGUUCAUUCACAGUGGCCGAAAAAGAAGCAGCAAAGUGUGCGAAACUGGGAGCAUCAUGUGGCGGUUUUAGAGGAACACACCAGAGGAUUAUUAAUCACUAAUCAGGAUCUGGAUCAGAAACAGGAGCACUACAGAUCGAAACGGUCGAGUUCGAGGGAAAGGUUGACCAGGGAACAAAGAUUCUGAAAGAGGGAGUAUAGACUGAGAUCGGAGAUCGGAGAACGUCGUUCUGCGUCAGAAGAUGACCCUGACCACAACGACCACUGCCUCAUCAGCCGAGAGCCAAGCGAAAAUGGACGUGAAGGGCGGCGCACUUCCCGGCGAAGAGAACCUGCCCACCUCCGAGAUGGAUCUGCUGGCCAAGCUGGAGGCGGCCAACAAGCUCAUCGAGAGCGAUGCCAAGUCCCUCAACUCUCUGCACUCCACGCACAGUCGCAAGAACUCGGACACGAGUCAGAUCAGCCUUACGUCGAGUGGAAACUCGGUGGCCGAAGAGGACAUCUGGACGACGUGGGCCACCAUCCUCAAUGACUGGGAGGGAGCACUGAAACGAAAGAAUCCCUGCGUGAGUGAGCUGGUGCGCCGUGGAAUUCCACACCACUUCCGAGCGAUCGUGUGGCAGCAGUUGAGUGGAGCGUCCGAUGGCGACAAGAAGCAGUAUGCGGAGUACAUCAAGGCGACCAGUGCCUGCGAAAAGGUCAUACGACGGGACAUUGCCCGCACCUAUCCCGAGGUGGAGUUCUUCAAGGAGAAGGAUGGACCCGGACAGGAGGCCCUCUUCAAUGUAAUCAAGGCCUAUUCCCUACACGAUCGCGAGGUGGGCUAUUGCCAGGGCUCGGGAUUCAUCGUUGGUCUGCUGCUGAUGCAAAUGCCCGAGGAGGAGGCAUUCGCUGUGCUCGUGCAGAUCAUGCAGCAGCAUCGGAUGCGACACAUGUUCAAGCCCUCCAUGUCGGAGUUGGGUUUGUGCAUGUACCAGCUGGAGAAUCUGGUGCAGGAGCAGAUACCCGACAUGCACAUUCACUUCCAGCAACAGGGCUUCCAGACGACCAUGUACGCCUCCAGUUGGUUCCUCACCCUAUACACGACCACUCUGAAUGUCAAUCUGAGUUGUCGCAUCAUGGACGUCUUCCUCAGCGAGGGCAUGGAGUUCAUCUUCAAGGUGGCAUUGGCCCUGCUGCUCACCGGCAAGGAAACGUUGCUCUGCCUGGACAUGGAGGCAAUGCUUAAGUUCUUCCAAAAGGAGCUGCCCGGCCGCGUGGAGGCGGAUGUCGAGGGCUUCUUCAAUCUAGCCUACUCCAUAAAGCUGAAUACCAAGCGCAUGAAGAAGAUGGAGAAGGAGUACCAGGACCUCAAGAAGAAGGAGCAGGAGGAGAUGGCCGAGCUGCGGCGACUGAGACGCGAGAACUGCCUGCUGAAGCAGCGCAAUGAGCUGCUGGAGGCCGAGAGCGCCGAACUGGCCGAUCGCCUGGUGCGUGGUCAGGUUUCCAGGGCUGAGGAGGAGGAAACUAGCUAUGCCAUUCAGACGGAGUUGAUGCAGCUGCGUCGGUCUUACUUGGAGGUCUCCCAUCAGCUGGAAAACGCCAACGAGGAGGUCCGCGGCCUGAGUCUUCGUCUGCAGGAGAAUAAUGUAUCCAUCGACAGCAAUAACUCCCGGCAGUCGUCCAUUGACGAGCUCUGCAUGAAGGAGGAGGCGCUCAAGCAGCGCGACGAGAUGGUCUCCUGUCUGCUGGAGGAAUUGGUAAAGGUGCGUCAGGGUCUGGCCGAAAGCGAGGAUCAGAUCAGGAACCUCAAGGCUAAGGUGGAGGAACUGGAGGAGGACAAGAAGACGCUGCGGGAAACGACGCCCGACAAUUCGGUGGCUCACCUGCAGGAUGAACUGAUUGCCAGUAAACUUCGCGAGGCCGAGGCCUCACUAUCGCUGAAGGAUCUCAAGCAGAGGGUGCAGGAGCUGAGCAGCCAGUGGCAGCGGCAGCUGGCCGAGAAUCAGCGCAGCGAAAGCGAACGCACCACCAACGCUGUGGACUCUACGCCCAAGAAGCUGCUGACCAACUUCUUUGACAGCUCCAAGAGCAGCGAGCACACUCAGAAACUUGAGGAGGAGCUGAUGACCACACGUAUUCGCGAAAUGGAGACGCUCACCGAGCUCAAGGAGCUGCGACUCAAGGUCAUGGAGCUGGAGACACAGGUACAGGUGUCCACCAAUCAGCUGAGGCGGCAGGAUGAGGAGCACAAGAAGCUGAAGGAGGAGCUCGAAAUGGCCGUCACCCGGGAGAAGGACAUGUCCAACAAGGCGCGUGAGCAGCAGCACAGAUACUCGGAUCUGGAAUCUCGCAUGAAGGAUGAGCUGAUGAACGUGAAAAUCAAAUUCACCGAGCAAAGCCAAACGGUGGCUGAACUGAAACAGGAAAUUUCCCGACUUGAGACCAAGAACUCGGAAAUGCUCGCCGAGGGCGAACUGCGCGCGAAUCUGGAUGAUUCGGAUAAGGUGCGCGACCUGCAGGACAGGCUGGCCGACAUGAAGGCGGAGCUGACGGCAUUGAAAAGUCGUGGCAAAUUUCCGGGCGCCAAACUGCGCAGCUCCUCGAUCCAAUCGAUCGAAUCCACCGAGAUCGACUUCAACGAUCUUAAUAUGGUGAGGCGCGGGAGCACGGAGCUGUCCACAUAACGUACAGGUGGAUCAGAUCCUCAGCAUAUCCUCACCAGCCAACGACCACAACCAGGAGAAGAGCAGAGAGUGAAAGGGGAGGGCAGCAUCAGGGCAGUACAGGAUACACCCAAUUCUAUAUGGGUGGGCAAGCUGGAGGCGAUUUAUAUAGAUAUAUAUGUAUAUUUAUAUAUAUAUAUAGAUGGAUAUAUAUGUAGUGCCUGUGAUCAUGAAACGGAAACGGAAGGAGGAGCAUCGAGAGGAGGGGGGAAGUAAGAGAAAGUUGACAGAAUAAUUGCAAUCCCAUUACAAUAUUAUUUAUGUAUAAUAUUCGUUAAAAGUUUACUAUUACGAUAUGGAUAUAUCAUUACGAUUAUUAUUAUUAUUUUAAUCAAUUUUUUUUUGGCAAUAAUUUUAUUACUGUUAUGUUUUGCAAUCGAAACACACUCAUAUUUAUUUAUUUUAAAUCCUAAUUGAAACGAUAUUGUGAGAGUAUUUUACACCCCUGUACAUUAAUCAAUACGGCAACUGAUCCAAUCCGAUCCUAUGCGAUGCGAUGGAUUGGAGACAGGAGAUUGGCAUUUGGAUAUCCCCUAGAUGUAUGGCACAUAUGCAAUGCAAUGAAUUUUAUGUAAAUCCCUGAGGAAAAACAAACCCAUUUCCCAACCCAGACAUCCUGUAAACCACUUUUAAUGUAAGUUUUAAGCGAACCCAAUUGUUCUUGGCUAGUAACCGAUUUUAAUCAACACGCACAUCGUUUUAAAGUGUGCGGAAAAUGCUUGGUUAAUCGAUUUGAUUUAUAUUAUGAUUUCAUCCCUGUAGAAUGAUAUUAACACUCAAACACACCGUUGUCUGUAAUGAAUUUUGUAACUCUCGUAUAGUAAGCUAAACCAAUCUAAAUCUAAAACUAAAAAAUAAAACCAAGUGCGAAAGACAAAGUAACAAGCGUGGCCAAAUGCAGAGAGAAGUGCAAGAUGAGAAACUGAAAAAAAACCAAUAUACAACUAUUAAAAAUAGUUUAAAACGAUAUGUGAAAGAACCACGAAAAAGGGGUCACCAAAUUCUCCCCGUUUAAGAACGAUAUUACGAUAACGACUACGAUAUUCACAAUACUUACGAUAUUCUACUUAGUUAACAGUAGCGCUUGUCUUUAUCCCUAAACAAAAACCCAUAUUUUCAUUUCUAUGGUUAAUGUAACCAUCUGAAACGAUUUGGCAGCUUGUCGCGAAAACCGAUUUCGAUUUGGACAUCGACUUUCGAACGAUUAACAAUUAUCCACAAACAAUAUAAUUAUUCAGGUUGAAUCAUGUUUUCCAUACAUUUAUACAUUUACUUUUGCAACUAUUGAGUUUCGUAUUCUAUGACAAUUUUUUAUUAUCAUUUGUUAGCAUGACGUCCUCAGUGCUUAGGUUUGUUACUUAUCGCGACUAAGACCGAUUAACUUAAUUAACUUAAUUUUUUGUAAUUCCAUUGAUUUGCCCAUCAUGACAAACCGAUAAGAAAUCUAUGUAAUAUGUUUCGUAGCUUGUAAGUAUGUCGAAAACGAUGUCACAAAACUUUGUUAUGUAAACACUUAGUAUAUGUAAUGCUUAAGUUUUCGUCCCGACUUUGGCAGAACGAUUCGAAUUUUUUGUUCUACGCGAUAAUUAAUGAUUAUGAUUAUGUAAUGUAUGUACUAUAUAUAAAGAUAUUUUUGCGGCUGAAAGACGAGGCUGCUGGGGGGCGCAGUAUUAACAAUCAGCAGAAGUUAACAGACAUUUAAAUAUAGAAAACAUUCCCGAGAAAGUCAAAUUUCCCCCAAGAAAAGAACAGAAAUGAAAGAAAAGAAACAGAACAGAAUCCCUCAACAGCCUCGAGUCUUAAGAAAUUGGCAAGUCUAGAGUUAAUUGCGUAUUAUGUUAUGGCAAGCAAAGGCACAAAUUAUACGAUAUCCAAAAUAGGUUUAUACAAAUUUA